GGGUGGGAGAUGCAACAAUGUCCUUGAGAACAGCAGGAAGUGUGUUGGUGGUCUUUCUCUGGUCUGUAGCAGUGGUACUGGGUCAGAAAGGAUGGAGUGUGACUUACACCACUCAGAGAAUCUGUGCCUUGAAGGGGUCAACAGUAGAGCUGACUUGUUCUUAUACAUAUCCCAGUGGUACAGUCACAACAACCCUCUGGUUCACUAAUUGGGGGUCUGGUGUAGAACCUGAAGAUCUAGGUCAGGACCCAGAGUAUACAGGUCGUCUGGAGUAUCAUGGGGAUAAGAAGAAAGACUCUAUCCUGAGAAUCACAGACCUGAGAGAGAGUGACUCAGCUACGUACAAAUUCAGAUUACUAACAGAUCAGACCGAAGGGAAAUAUUAUGGAGAUCCUGGAGUCACUCUGUCUGUUACAGCUCUGCAGGUGAAGCUGACUUAUUCAAGUUGGCAAAAUUUGGUGACAAUUACCUGUAUCACCACCUGUACUCUGAGUAACCCCAAACCCACCUACAUCUGGUAUAAGAAUGGACAACAUCAACACGAGAGCACCUCCCCCCAGUACAAAUACUCAGUCUACAGUAACAGUAAAGACAGUUACUCCUGUGCUGUAAAAGGCCAUGAGGAUCUCCACUCUCCAGCAGUGUGUGUUCAGGGUCAGAGCUGCAACACAGUGACUUACACCAAGAGGACAAUCUGUGCCUUGAAGGGGUCAACAGUGUAUAUAUCCUGUACUUAUGACAGUGGUUAUGAUACAGUCAAAUCAUCACUCUGGUUUAGUCCUAAACAGAGAUCUAGGUGGAGUGAUAAGUUGACACCUGAGGACCUAACAAGAGACCCAGGAUAUGCAGGCCGUGUGGAGUACCCUGACAAAGAGAGAUGGAGAUACACUGGUCACUCCACCCUGAGAAUCUCAAAUCUGAGAGAGGAGGACUCAGCUGAGUAUCGCUUCACUUAUAAAACAUACUACUUUGAAUGGGGUCAUAGUUUCCCAGGAACAACUCUGUCUGUCACAGGUCUGCAGGUGAAGGUGACUCCUGCUGCAGAGGGACAGAAGACACUGACCUGUAUCACCACCUGUACUCUGACUGACAACCCCACCUACAUCUGGUACAAGAACGGACAACAACUAGAUGAGCCCACUUCCCAACAACACUCUAGUAAUAUGCUGGUGGUCUGGGAUUCUACUGUGGACAUUUACUCCUGUGCUGUUGAAGGUCACGAGGCUCUCCACUCUCCUGUAGUUUGUUUUCAGGUGGAGGUGACUCCUAAACAUUAUUCAAAGUAUAAGACACUGACCUGUAGCACCACCUGUAUUCUGACUGGUAACCCCACAUACACCUGGUACAAGAACGGACAGAUAGAAACUGUGAAGACUUCCACCUACUCAGUCUACCCUGAUGCUGUGGACAGCUACUCUUGUGCUGUAAAAGGCCAUGAGGAUCUCCACUCUCCUGCAGUGUGUGUUCAGGGUCAGAGCUGCAACAGAGUGAAUUACAAUAAGAUGAGAACCUGUGUCUUGAAGGGGUCAACAGUGGACAUAUCCUGUACUGUUGGUUAUUAUUACAUCACAUCAACAUUCUGGUUUAGAAGUGAUAAGUCGACCCCUGAGGACCUAACCAGAGACCCAGGGUACGCAGGUCGUGUGAAGUACACUGGAACAUACGAAGGUCCCUUCACCCUGAGAAUCACAGAUCUGAGAGAGGAGGACUCAGCUGAGUAUCGCUUCACUUUUAAAACAGACAACUUUGACUGGGGUCAUAGUUUCCCAGGAACAACUCUGUCUGUCACAGGUCUGCAGGUGAAGGUGACUCCUGCUGCAGAGGGACAGAAGACACUGACCUGUAUCACCACCUGUACUCUGACUGACAACCCCACCUACAUCUGGUACAAGAAUGGACAGAAUGUACAAGGUGUCUCCUCCCCCAUGUACUCCAUCAGCAGUGAGAAUGCAGACAGCUACUUCUGUGCUGUAAAAGGCCAUCUCAGCUCUGCUGCAGUGUAUAAACCAAAGAACACCUCAGUGUCAGUCAGUCCCUCUGGUGAAAUAGUGGAUGGCAGUUCAGUGACUCUGACCUGCAGCAGUGAUGCCAACCCACCUGUCCAGAGUUACACCUGGUGGUACAAGAAGAAUGGAGGUGACAAUCAGAGUAUGACAGGACCACAGCAUGUCUUCAAUCAAAUCCAGUCAUCUGACACUGGAGAGUACUACUGUGAGUCCCAGAAUGAGAUGGGGACAGACAUGUCUAGGACCAUAAACAUGGAUGUGAAGUAUGGUCCAAAGAACACCUCAGUGUCAGUCAGUCCCUCUGGUGAAAUAGUGGAGGGCAGUUCAGUGACUCUGACCUGCAGCAGUGAUGCCAACCCACCUGUGGACAAAUACACCUGGUACAAGAAGAAUGGAGCUUCACUGAGAGGAUCUGAAAAGACAUACAAUUUCACGACCAUCAUCUCUGAGGACAGAGGAGAAUAUUACUGUGAAGCUGAGAAUAAAUAUAGACGUCUCAACUCUUCUUCUGUGUUUGUGGACGUUCAGUACGGCCCAAAGAACACCUCAGUGUCAGUCAGUCCCUCUGGUGAAAUAGUGGAGGGCAGUUCAGUGACUCUGACCUGCAGCAGUGAUGCCAACCCACCUGUGGACAAAUACACCUGGUACUUUCAAAAUGAGACUUUUCUAAAUGGAUGUGGACAGAUGUACAACAUCAGUAACUUCAAGUCUAAGGACAGUGGACAUUACCACUGUGAGGCCUGGAAUAGAAGAGGAUCUAGGAACUCUACAGCUCUGAUGAUCAUUUUACCAGGGAAACAAACCUCAGUUCUGACUGCAGCUGUAGGAAUCAUAGUGGUUGUUCUGGUUCUCAUCCUCUGUUUCUCUGGACUCAUGUGGUUCAGGAAGAAGGCCUCCAAAUCCACCUCUGACACAAGAGACACAUCAGAGAAUGUACAGGGAGACUCUAGUCCAGUGUAUGAAAACGUCUCAAGCAUGUCCACAGCCCCUACUGCAGCACAGACAGCAGCCACAGAUGACCAGGAUGAUGUUCACUACUCCAGCGUCCACUUCUCUCACUCCAAAAACCAGGAAGUGCCUCUGUACUCCACCGUCCAAGUGCCUCAGCCCCAGAAAGAGGAUGAGGAUGUCCAGUACGAUGCUGUGAAAUUCAACCUCCCCAGUGCUGCCAACCAACCCACAACAGCACAAGCAGCUGAGGAGUACUCUUCUGUUCUCUACAGUACAGUCAACAAACCUGAAACAAGAAGACCUGAACAUUACAAACCCAGAACCAGGAAGACCUGAACACAACAAACCCAGAACCAAGAAGACCUGAACACAACAAACCCAGAACCAAGAACACCUGAACACAACAAACCCAGAACCAAGAACACCUGAACACAACAAACCCAGAACCAAGAAGACCUGAACACAACAAACCCAGAACCAAGAACACCUGAACACAACAAACCCAGAACCAAGAAGAACUGAACACAACAAACCCAGAACCAAGAAGACAACAAACCCAGAACCAAGAAGACCUGAACACAACAAACCCAGAACCAAGAAGACCUGAACAUAACAAACCCUGAACCAAGAAGACCUGAACACAACAAACCCAGAACCAAGAAGACCUGAACACAAGUUUGACAGAAACCCUGUAUAGCUGGACCUGUAUAGUCCAACUAAGUGUUAUAAUAAUCUAUCAUAAGAUUUGCCAUUUAGAAAAUGCUUUUAUCCAAAGCGACUUAUAAUUAUGUGUGAAUACAUUUUACAUGCCGGUGGCCUCAUUGGGAAUGGAAACCAUGCACCAUGCUCUACCAACUGAGACACACAGGACUACUGUAUUAACACUUAGUUGGAGUGCUGAUCUAUGGUCAGUUUUGUCUUAUAAACGAUGCUGUACUUGUCACCUUGCUCCGUUGUGCACCGGGGCCUCCCACUCCUCUUUCUAUUCUGGUUAGAGCCAGUUUGCGCUGUUCUGUGAAGGGAGUAGUACACAGAGUUGUUCCAUGCAAUUUCUCGCAUGGAAUAGCCUUCAUUUCUCAGAACAAGAAUAGACUGACAAGUUUCAGAAGAAAGUUAUUUGUUUCUUGCCAUUUUGAGCCUGUAAUCGAACCCACAAAUACUGAUACUCCAGAUACUCAACGAGUCUAAGGCCAGUUUUAUUGCUUCUUUAAAUCGGGACAACAGUUUUUAGCUGUGCUAACAUAAUUGCAAAAGGGUUUUCUAAUGAUCAAUUAGCCUUUUAAAAUGAUAAACUUGGAUUAGCUAAGAGCUAAGUGACGCCAAACUUUUGACCAGUAGUGUGUGUGUGUAUAUAUAUAAAUUAUUCUUAUUUACAUUUUUCAUAAAAAAAUAUAUACACUUAUAAUCAAAUUUAUAAGAUUAUAUAUGAACAUUCAAUAUUUUUUUUCUAUUUUGUUUCUGUUCUAUUAUACAGUACUGUGCUAUUCUGUUACAUUAUACAGUACUGUACUAUUCUAUUACAGUAUUGUACUAUUCUAUUGCAGUACAGUACUAUUCUAUUGCAGUAUUGUACUAUUCUAUUACAUUAUACAGUACAGUACUAUUCUAUUGCAGUAUUGUACUAUU